AUGGAUUUAAAACUCGCAAAAAAUAACCGAGCCUUUCCGGAGCAUAGUUUUUGGGAUUUUAAAGGCAAAGUUGACUACGUUGAUGAAUGGUUUCUAAUGAAAUCGCCGGUACCAUUACUGUUUUUGUCAAUAACGUACUUAUUAUUUGUACUUAAACUUGGCCCUAAAGUUAUGAAGUUAAGACAACCGUUCCAACUAAGAAGGGUUAUAAUAGUAUACAAUUUAUUUCAAGUGGCAUAUUCUUGUUUUCUUUUUUACAAAUGUUCCAGACUGAUUUUAGCUCACGGGCUACUGAGUGCGUCAUGUUUAAUGGAUAAAGAAGACUCUCGAUGGAUUGUAUCUACUACCAUUUAUUAUUACUUCUUUGCAAAAGUAACAGAGUUGAUGGACACGAUUUUCUUCGUCUUGCGCAAGAACUAUCGUCAGGUCACAUUCUUGCAUAUAUAUCACCAUUCCUUAAUGAUGUGGAGCACUUGGAUUGCUUUGAAAUAUGAACCAUCCUACAGUGUCACAUUCCUUGGGACGAUUAACUCUUUCGUUCAUAUAAUCAUGUAUGCCUAUUAUGCGUUAUCGGCGUUCCCUCGUCUCAAUAAAUAUUUGUGGUGGAAAAAGUAUAUUACUUUGAUGCAAAUUGUGCAGUUCAUGUGCAUAAUAUUACACGCGGCAGCGAAUUACGCCCAUGCAGGGUGUCCACCUUCAUAUACGUUAUUAGCAGCAAUCCUAUUAAAUGCUUUACUAUUUGUUUAUCUAUUUGCUGAAUUCUAUUUUAGCGCUUAUGUUAAUAAAAAUAAACAUAAUUCGAAUAGUAAUACGAACAAAUCAGCAAACGGAUUAGUCAAUGAAAAAUCAGAUUAG